AUGGCUGAAAUCCGACGUUUGCCUGAUGAAGUGGUAGCGCGGAUAGCUGCAGGGGAAGUUGUCGUCCGAGCCGCAAAUGCUCUCAAAGAGUUGAUUGAGAAUAGCCUUGAUGCUGGCUCACGAUCAAUAAUAAUUAAAUGUGAACGAGGGGGGCUGGAUCUGAUUCGUGUUGAGGAUGAUGGCAGUGGAAUCAGAAAGGAAUGCUUGCCGAUUGUUUGUGAGCGAUUUACCACUUCAAAAUUGACCACGUUUGACGACCUCAGAAACAUGCGUACUUUUGGUUUCCGGGGUGAGGCGCUAAGUGCUCUAUCGCAAGUUUCAAAGGUCUCCAUAAAAACCAAAACGAAGGACGAAAUUUGUGCCUUUGAAGCGAGUUAUAUUGAGGGUCAACUGGUUGGUACUGUCAAGCCAAGCUCAGGACUAAAUGGAACUUUGAUUAUUGCUACAGAACUAUUUUAUAACUGGCCAGCUCGAUUAAAUGGAUUCAAAAAUAUUGCUGAAGAAAAUAGUCGGAUUGCAGAUGCUAUUACUCGUUUUGCUGUACUUCGUCCGGAUGUAUCGUUUUCGUUUUGCCGUGGCGAUGAUAGAAAGAAUUUUCGAACCAAAGGUGAUGGCGAUCGGCGAGCUGUUAUUGCUGCAUUGCUGGGAUCACACCUAACAAAGGACAUGCUAGAGUUCACCCUAAACGAUAGUGCUCUCAAUUUCUCUCUUGAGUGUGCACUCACACGGCCUACUUCGGCCGCUACAUCCACAGCGGUCAAUGCAAAAAAGUUACGAGGAAAAACUUUUUUCCUAUUUAUAAACAAUCGGAUUGUCCUGUGCAAUGCUUUGCGGCAUGCAGUUGACUCUGUCUUUGCGGCCCAUGCUGUAAUUUCUCCUUUUACUUAUAUGAGCAUUCAAAUAGAUGUUACAUGUAUUGAUGUAAAUGUUCAUCCUACAAAAGAAUCAGUUAUUUUCCUGAAUGAGGAUCUGAUAAUUGAGUGUAUAAAGGAGAAACUCAACAUGUUGGUUAAAGACUCGUUAAAUAUUUCUCCAGCGUUGUCUUCGGCUAGCCAGCCUAGUUGCAAAACAUCAUCAUCUAAGUCAAACCUAUCCGUAGCUAGUUCUCAAAGCAAUGCUUUAAAGAACUCACCUCUCGCCCAACGUCCUCAAGAGACAGUCAGAACCGACCAUAAAGAAAGGACUCUGGAACAAUUUAUGUCACCAAAGAGUCGAAGUUUUGCGGUGGAGUUAAUUAAAGAAGAAGUUCAACCAACGAUGGUGAAAGAGUUGGAAGAGCUACUAAUCAAAGAAUUUCAGUCGCUUGACAGAGAAAUCAAAACCAGUUUUUCUCCGGAAUUUAUUCAUUUUUUCAAGAAAACCGUGUUUGUUGGUGCGAUUGAUUGUGAGCGUAUUCUUAUGCAAAAUGGUCCUGAUUUGUUUAUCGCUGACUUUUAUCGAUUACUGUGGCAAUUUUUCUAUGAGAUGGCGGUUUUUGGUUUUGGAAAUCACGGGCGAUUUGACUUACAGGCAUACAAUCUACGAGUAGAAGACAUUUUGGCAACAUUACCUUUAUCAGCUAAUAAAACAUUUCACACAGAGGAGGCAUUUUCGCGUUUAACCCAAAACAAGGAUUGGCUUCUUCAAUAUUUCGGGAUUGGUUUUGUUAUUGGCGAAGGUGAAAAAUUGAUGCUCACUGUGCUUCCUUCAAUGGUGCAUGGAUUCUGCCCACAACUAGAAUACCUACCUCUGUUUCUGAAUGAACUUUUAGCGAUAGGACUAUCCCAGGAAGGUUUCACUGUUCGAAAAAUUUCCGUGGCACUGGCAAAUUUCUUUGUUCUACGAUCAAAAUAUUGUAUUGGCACAUCACCAAGUCAACUACAUCCUACCGAGCUUUUGCCGACUUGGAGAGAACUAAUACAGCAUGUGCUACUUCCAAAAAUGCGGGAACACCUUUUGCCCCCGAGAACAUGGGUCGAUGAUAGUGGAGAAGAGAAGAUUUUUACGCCGUUUGUCCAGUUAACCUCAACCAGUCAAUUGUACAAAGUUUUUGAACGGUGU